GCUCACCACAGCUUCCUGCCACAGGCAGGCAGGCGCUGAGGAGAGGCGGGCACGGAGCGAGGGGCAGGUAGGGCUGGGGCACAGGGUCUGUGUAGGGGUGGCUGGUGCCCCAGACGCCAGCCCAGGCCCUGGCCUGACCACCCUGGGGUCCAGGGUCUUCCAGAACCAGCGCUGACGCCCGCUCAGCCCAGCGAGGGGAGGGGAUCCAGAGGAACCCCCGCCUCCACCAGGCUCCCAGCAGGCUGCCAGUACCCUUCCAGGCCUGGCCCUUGCCCUGCUGCUUCUCUGUGUGGAGGGGUGUGCAGCGAGCAGCUGGGCCUGGUCCAAGCAGAUGGAGGUGGUCAGCCCGGCUGUCUACGUGCUGGGGCCCCUGCUGCUGCCUCUCUUGGCCGUGUUGCUGAUGGCUCUGUGCGUGCGUUGCCGGGAGCUGCCAGACGCUGAGAGCCCCAUACUCCAUCACCCUCUGCCCUCGUCACCCUCUUUUCCUGCCUCACGGGCCCUCUCUUCCCCAGGCUCAUACGACACUGCCGUCUCCGAUAGUUUGACCCCAAGUAGCAUCAUGAUCAAACUGCCUCCCACACUCGUCCCACGGCCAUCCACCACUCCCUACCCGCUCCCGAGCCAGCCAGACCUGCUCCCCAUCCCAAGGUCCCCGCAGCCCCUCGGAGGCUCCCACCGUAUGACGUCGUCCCGGCAGGACUCAGAUAGUGCCAACAGCGUGGCCAGCUACGAGAACGAGGGUGUGACUGGGACCCCUGUGGCCCCGGCUGGGAGGCGGCUGAGACCCGUCCUGGGCUCCGCUGACCCUGUAUGGUCACCCCCAGAGGCAGCCUGUGAGGAUGCAGACGAAGAUGACUAUGAAGAAGACUAUAACAACGAGGGCUACUUGGUGGUGCUUCCUGACAGGGACCCGGCCACCAGCACUGGCAAUGCCGUCUCACCGGCUCCUGCGUCCAGCAAACCCGGCCUCCGAGACAGCGCCUUCUCCAUGGAGUCAGGGGAAGAUUACGUGAAUGUUCCUGAGAGUGAGGAGAGUGCCGACGCAUCUCUGAAUGGGAGUCGGGAAUAUGUGAACGUGUCCCAGGAGCUGCAGCCCGGAGCGAAAACCAAGUCUGACACCCAGAAUUCCCAGGAGGUGGAGGACGAGGAAGCUCCAGAUUACGAGAAUUUAUAGCUGAACUGAGGGCCUGCGUGCAGCCGUGCCUGUUCUGGAACCAGCCUCGCCUGGGAGUGCUGAGCUGGGCGGCUGGCGGUGGCUCUGUGGGGCCCCACUUGGCAACCUGCCCCGGCUGUGGCCUGACAAAAGCCUGAGAAUUUUCCCCCUAACUUAUUGUCACUUUGGGGUCCAGUCUCUGUGGCCCCCGAACUCUGCACCUUCUGACGCAGCCUGAGAGUGAACCACCCCGGCCCCAGCCCUACUCUGUCAGAGAAUAAAGGCUGGUGCGGUCUGCAGUACUCUUGGCUUUGGCUGGCCAGUGGGUCGGAGUCAGGGUGAGGGUGGGCUGUGUCUGAAGGCUUGUGUGGUUGUGUGAAUGCAUGUGUGUUUCUGGAUCUCCAUUCUCACAGGCCCUUCGUGCUCCCAAGGGUCCCGACCAGGUGUGUGUGAGUGACUGCAUGAAGCCUGGGAUUCGUUGCUUUCUGAGUGAGGCUGUUUCUGACCCCGGCUGGCACUCCUGGGGCUCGGACAUGUCUGCCCACGAGAUAGUCCUUGGAAGUGGCAGGCAACGACUGUGAUGAUGGGAGAAGGGGGUAUGGGGAAGCACUGGGUGGGCAAGACCUUCCCCACUGGCUCCCAGUUUCUCCAUCUUUAAAACAAAGGAGUUGACUCACUGACCUCAGAGGACCUUCUUAAUUCUUAAUUUUUGUGGUUCUUAAUAAAACAGAACUUUAAAAAAUUGUCUAAGCAACUGAAAGUGUUAACGGGCAGCACAGUCUUCUUCAGGCUUGGAUAUACAAAUGACUCCGGGGGUUUUGCUAAAAUGCAGAUUCAGAUUCAGUCAAUCUGGGAUGGAGCCUGGAUGGACUCUGCAUUCCUAAGGAGCUCCCAAGUGGUGGUUCUACAACUGCUGUUCUGAGACCCUGUUCCAAGUCGCAGGGUCUGGUGGAUACCCUGGUUGUUGUGACUGGCUUCCCUGCGCAAGCGUGUGACAACCUGGUCAGAAUGAGGCCCAGCACUGGAUGUGGGCGAGAAGCAUCAGGAAGGAGAAGCUUUCUUGUUCAUGGCAGUCGUGGAGCAGGGAGAACGUGGCCCUGGAGCCCCCCCACCUGGAGAGUCUCCCGAGAACGAAGCCAGCGUGGAGGGGAGAGACGGCCUGGAGAUGGGCAGGGCUGGCUUCCUGGUGGUGUCAGAAUGCUUGGACCCAGUCCAAGCUGAAGAUAGACAUCCCCUCCGACUGCCAGUUACUUGGGCCAAUAAAUGACCAGUUUCCUUCAA